UUGACCUCCUUUUUCCUUCCACUCCCCACCACGACAACAUGUCAGACCUCACCACCGACGACAGGAUCAAGCUCGCCGUCAAGUUCAUUGAGCAGAGCCCGCCCGGCGAGAUCAACGAUAUCAUCAAUGACAUCCGUGCGAUUAUCUCGGACGACGAGGCGUUGAUGCCCCACGUCCGGCCCGCGCUGCGCGACUACAACCUCAAGCAGCUGCACGCUGUCGAGCACGCCGCGGAGGACGGUGCUGCCGCCCACGUCUCCCUUUUGAGUCACGCGGCUAUCGUUCCUGGGGAAGAGGAGGAGCGCUACAUCGACCACGAUGGCAAGCGGUCGUUCGUGUUUGACCACGUCAACUUGGUUCCAUCCGACUUCCAGCCUUACGAGCUCCCAGAGGCCGAGGAGACGUUCCGCGCCGAGCUGUCAAAGUCGCUCGGUGCAUACGCUUCCAACCACUUCCCAGGGGGCUACUGGUCCGUCUCGACCUCGCAGUUCCCGCUGCUGCCGCCCGAGCCUGAGCCGGAGCCAGUGGCCGUCGCGGCUGUGGAGGUGGCCGAGGUGGUGCCUGCGUCUGCGGAGCCUGUCGAGGAGCCUGCCGGUGGACUCGGAGAGGAGCCAGCGACUCCAGUGGCUGAAAAGCCGAAGGAGAAGCUGACGGCCGACGACGAGGUCGACGCCCCCGGUGGGCUGGCCAAUCUCGACGACGAGAUCGAGGAGGUCAAGGCCGAGGAGGAGAUCGAGGCGCAGCUCGAGAAGGAGGAGAAGGCCGAUGGCGAGAGAGAGGAGGAGAAGUUGGUGUAUGCCGAGGAGGCAGCAAGCGAGAAGGCCUUCAACGAGGAGGUUGUCGAGGGCAAUGUGCCCGUCGAGGAGUUCAAGGAGGAGCUCGCGACUGUUGCCGAGGACGACGCUGCCGAAGAGAAGGCGGAGGAGGAGGAGGCUGCCGAGGAAGCUGCCGAGGCUGCUGAACCUGUCGCCCCCGCCGCUGCCGCCGCUACCGAGCCAGCGAAGCCCGUUCGCAAGCAGGAACGCGUCGAGAACCCCACAUACACGCUCGAGAUUGUCGGCAACCGCUUCAACCCCACCAACUUUUGGACUGGCCGCUGGCGGACACGCUGGGUUGUGGACACGGAGGGCACAGUCGAGGGCACGAUAAACGUCGACGUGCACUACUACGAGCAGGGCAACGUCCAGCUCGCUACCGAACACAAGGCGUCGUUCCCCACCCCCAAGGAAGCGGUGGCCGGCCAGUCGAUCGCAUCCCAGAUUGUCACGACCAUCUCCAAGAUUGAGGCGGCGUACCAGUUUGAGUUGAACGGCGUCUACGCCAACCUGAAUGACAAGACAUUCCGACUCCUCCGCCGCGCGCUGCCCGUCACCCGCCAGAAGGUCGACUGGGACAAGGUUUCGGGCUACACCUUGGGAUCGGACCUGUCCAAGGCCAAGGCAUAGUCACACGACCCCAAGGCAGUCAGACGAGGAGCAGCAUAAUGCAGCAGCUUGUGCAGAGA